CUCGCUGGGGCCGCUGGAGGAGCCGGCGGCAGGAGGGGGCCGCCGGCCGAUGCUUGCGGAGGGAGGGGGCUUUCAUCAGUCAUCAAGAACAAUGGACUACUGAAUAUCACCUUUAAAUAUGACAACUGCACACCUUACCUGAAUUCAGUGGGAAAACAUGUGAUUGGAGAUGUGCAGAAUAUAACUAUCAGUCAAUAUGCUUGUUACGAACAGGUGGCAGUGACGAUACUUUGGACAGCAAAUACCAUCGGGAUUGAAUACCUGAAAGGAUUUCGAGUAAUACUUGAGGAGUUAAAGUCAGAGGGAAGACAAUGCCAGCAGAUGGUUUUGAAAGAUCCAAAGCAGCUCAGCCCCAGUUUUAAACGAACAGGAAUGGAAUCCCAGCCCUUUGUAAAUCUGAAAUUUGAAACAGAUUACUUUGUAAAGAUUGUUCCUUUUCCUUCCGUUAAAAAUGAAAGUAAUUAUCAUCCAUUUUUCUUCCGAACUAGACCAUGUGAAUUGCUGCUACAGCCAGAAAAUCUUGUCUGCAAACCUUACUGGAAGCCAAGGAGUCUGAAUGUUACCCAGCAGGGUUUUAACAUGCAAGUGUCCUUUGAUCAUGCACCUCACAACUUCGGGUUUAGAUAUUACUUUCUUCACUACAAACUUAAGCAUGAAGGGCCAUUUAAGCAAAAGACCUGCAAACAGGAGCAAAACACAGAUACUACAAGUUGUAUUCUUCAGAAUGUACCUCCAGGGGAUUAUAUAAUUGAGCUGGUUGAUGACACUAAUACGACGAGGAAAACAAUGCACUAUGCAUUAAAACCAGUACAUUCUCCGUGGGCUGGACCGAUAAGAGCUGUUGCCAUUACAGUCCCUUUAGUUGUCAUUUCAGCAUUUGCAACGCUUUUCACAGUGAUGUGCCGCAAGAAACAGCAAGAAAAUAUAUAUUCCCAUCUAGAUGAGGAGAGCUCAGAAUCUUCAGCAUAUGCUGCAGCUCUCCAUGUGGAAAGACUUCGUCCCCGGCCAAAAGUGUUCAUCUGCUAUUCCAGUAAAGACUGCCAGAAACACAUUAACGUCAUCCAGUGCUUUGCUUAUUUUCUUCAGGACUUUUGUGGCUGUGAGGUGGCUAUAGAUUUGUGGGAGGAUCUAAAAAUCUGUAAAGAAGGUCAGAAAGAGUGGCUUAUUAAAAAAAUAAAUGAGUCCCAGUUUAUCAUCAUCGUGUGUUCCAAGGGCAUGAAAUACUUUGUUGAAAAAAAGAAUUGGAAACACAGAGGAAUAACUAAGGAUGCAGGAAAAGGAGAACUGUUUUUGUUUGCUGUGUUGACUGUUGCAGAGAAGCUUCGUCAAGCAAAGCAGAAUUCAAGUGACCUCUGCAAGUUCAUUGCAGUCUAUUUCGAUUACUCCUGUGAAGGAGACAUCCCUGGUAUUCUGGAUCUAAGCACAAAAUACAAACUCAUGGACAAUCUCCCUCAGCUGUAUUCACAUUUACACUCCAGAGAUCUUGGUGUACAGGAUUCAGAGGUGUUUCCUGUUAAUAUUAGUAAACGGAAUUACUUCAGGAGCAAGUCUGGGAGGUCCCUUUAUGUUGCCAUUUGCAAUAUGCAUCAGUUCAUAGAUCAGGAACCAGACUGGUUUGAGAAACAAUUUAUUCCCUUCCCUCCACCUUCUUUACAUUACUCAGAGCCUAUAAUGGAAAAAUUCGAUUCGGGCUUGGUUUUAAAUGACUUGGUGAAUAAACAGGUGAUGGAUGGUGAUUUUUACCUGAAAGCAGAUAUAAAUAUUUCAUCAGGGACUUCAGACUCUCACUAUAUAAUUCAGCACUUAAGCCUUGGAGAAGACACAGAAACUCAGGACAUUCAAGGUGGUGGCAGCUCAGUUCUUCAGCCAUUGUUACAUAUUGUUAAAUCUUCAAAUCCUAAAGAUAUGCCUCGAGAUUCUGGAAUCUAUGAUUCAUCUGUUCCUUCAUCUGAAUUAUCUUUACCUUUAAUGGAAGGACUAUUGACAGACCAAAUGGAAACAUCUUCCAUUACAGGAAGUGUGUCUUCAUCAUCAGGUUUAGGUGAAGAAGAACCUCCUGUAAUCACUGCUACAAAAUUCUUAGUGCCUGGAGUACGUAAAGCAGAACUCCACUGCCAUAUUCAUCCUGAUGAACUGCAGGCAAUUGCUCCUUUAUAAUACUUUACAACAUUGUUAUGCAUUGCCACUUUAUCAUCAGCCUCUGUUUGUGCUUUAACUACCACACUGCUUCAGCACUAAAUCUACUUGAAGGACAAACAUUUCGUGAAGAAGAUCUGUUAUUCCUGAAGAUUUUUUCCUAUGGCCAGUAAACUUGAAUCUGUUGGUCUUUAUUUAAGUCUUUCAUGAUUUGGAAAUGCAGCAUGGAAGAAGAGACCAGAAUACAUUUCAACAUGUUUCCUAUUAUUAAUUUAAGUAUCAUGAUAUCACAGUGUUUACAGGUGCCAUUAUAAUAACUGAUUUGGUUUUUUGCUAGAAAUAACUUUGCAACUGGACAUAAAUCAGCUUGGAACAUUAUGUCUUAGUAAACUGGUGGUCUAGCCUCUGGUUUUAAGUGCUGACAUACUUGAUGGCAGGAGUGUUGUAGUGAAUGAGGGUGGAAUUUAUUUCAGAAGCAAGAUAAAGGACCAAAGGUGAGAUGAAGAAAUUCUUUAUCAGAAGAGGUAAUUUUAUUAAGAAAUAUUUUGAGCUCCUUUCCUCACAGUCUCCUUUCUUACCCAAAUGUUGAUGUGUCUCAGUAUUUAAUUUCAAAUAAGCACAUCUCUCUCAUCUGUAUGACUCUGCAGUCUCUUCUCCACAAUAUGGCUAUGAUGACUCAGAAAUGGUACCAUACUGAGUCUGAAUUAUCUUUUUUACAAUAGUAAAAAAUCUAGAUCCUGCAGAUGCUGAGUGAUACCAUGGAAACAUAGUUUCCUGGUUUUGGGUUUUUUUCCUGGAAAAAGGAUAAAUGUAACAAAUUCUUUAAAGAGAUGGGGGAAGGAAGACCAAAUUUUGUAUUUAAGACAUCAUUCUGAAUGUCUUCAUGAAAUGAGUAUGUUUUGUGGGGGCUCUCAUAUCAAGGACAUGCUGCUACAAAGUCACCUGGGGUAAAACAAGUUAUGAUAAGCUGUUAACAGGCAUGAAUACUUUGUUUUGAGUCAGCCAGUAAACAGAAGCCUUCAUACUACUUAUCAUUACUUAGUGAUUAAGAUAGUAUAAUGUUAGUAGUGUUAACAAAAAACCACUAAAACUACCACUGGGCAUGUUUAUCUGAAGAAAUGGAGCGUGUCCUUUCUUCUUCAGUGAUCAGGUAGACGUGUCAUCAUGCAAAAUAUUCCUGCUGUUUCCAAAGAGCUGAACUGCGUCUAUGUAACUGCAAUUCUAGGCAUUAUUAUAAUAAAUGUGAUAACAACAAAAGUAAAGGACAUCUUAUGAAUGUACCUUUGCCAGUUUUUCAAAUUGAGGCAUUUAACCUGUCUUCACAUUCUACUGACGGGAGGUUGCUUUAGGAAUACAUCACCGGAGAACUCAAGACACAGCCAAUGUUCUCUCAAUUUUGAUAGGUGAGAAUUAGAUGUUGCCAACUGUUACAUUGUAUUAUCCAUUUUAUAGCAUAAGAUAGAACUAUUAAACCUGUGACGAUUUUGGAUGAGUAGCUUUAAAGCUCCUGGGUUGGGGUCUUCUUUAUUUUGAAACAAUUGUUGAACUUGUUGAAAUUGUUGUCACAGACAGAAUAAGGAAGUGUUGUCUAUCGUUAUGUUGAAAUAAGUGUUACAAGAGAACUCCAGUGUGCUUUGCCAUUGUGAUACGGACUUCUGUGAUCAGCUAGAUGCUUGUGUCAGGUUUGGAAGGUCUUGCCCAUUCUCCUCCUGUUUUCCGAAUUUGAGAGAACACUAACUGGAAAACCUCAAAAUUGCAAUACCCAAGUAAGUUUUAAGUUGUUUUAUGUACAUAGUGAGUCAUCUGCACCUUCAGUGAGGGAUUUUUCUGUGCUCUACCUUGGGCUGUACUGAAAGCAAAAUUCUUCAUGUUUUUCCAUUCAUUGAAGUUGAAAAAUACCAGGGUCAAAUUAAGCAGAAGAAUGAGGUAAGUGUUCCUCCUCUAAAUCCAGUUGUGAAGGAUCUUGAUUCAGUGCAGUUCUUGCCAUUCUACUAGAGAAAGAAUUUGGAUUUAUAAAACACAGGCACAAAGGUUACGAGAUGUGUGUGCUGAAGAGCUGCUGGGCAUACAAGUGCCAAUGGGGCAAAGCAUGAGGAGGAGGCAAUUUCUUAGCAGUUAGCUGAUGAAGGUAAUGCUGCUUUCCUCCCAGCUCACAUACUCUUAUUUUAUGCGAGACUAAAGAUGGGGAAGAUUUCGUGGUUCUGCUAUAUUCAGUAGCAGAAUCUGUAUGAAUAAAUUUGGUUUUCAUUUUGAGCUCUAAGAAAGUUCUGUUUGGAAAAUUGACCAAGGCAGCUGCACAAGUAAUCACUUGUCAUUUAGGGUUUUAUUUUUACUUCUGCAAAAAUUGUUAUACAAUCCUGCAGACUUUUUUUUUAGAUUAAGAACAGUCUAUGCAUAUAUCAGUCACAUCUGUUGGGGAGAAGGGGGAGAAGAAUUCCUUAUUCUUUUUAGCAUAAGGUGGAAGCAGCAUAUUAUAUGUCCUCAGAAGAAAGAGAAUGUAAUUAAUGGCAAAUUUAGAGUAGGACAUGCCCAAUGCUUAAGAUACAAGAAUCAUUGUUAAAAAUAUUUUUUAAACAAAUCCGUUAAUAUAAAUAUUAGAGGUUAGCUUGCUGCUCUUUUCAAGCAUUAGUAAACUCUAAACAGAAUGUUAUUGGUGAAAUGACUCCUUUAAUUUCUACUAGACUCAAGUGUGUGGACAUUGGAUGUAUCAAAAUGUAUUUUCUGGGAGGGUGGGAAAACAUUGGAAAGCUGAAGGCUCAAGAUAUGGUAGCAUGUUCAAUGUUUUGAAUGUUAAGGACAGUUGUUGCCAUAAUUUGUACCUGUGCAUGAACACAUCAAGAGUUGAAAACAGAAUG